AUGGUGCGGGCCGGCCGAUUGGGACCCAAGCCAGCGGUCCCGGGGAAGAGAGGUGGAAAAAUGGCCCCCGCGUGGCUCCUCGUGGGGUUGAUUUUGGCGCUGGGGGGCGCAUGCGAAGAGGAGCACGCGGGGAGGGGGAAUGGUGGCUUGUUCGUCGACAUCGGCAGCGGCACGGCGUUCGUCAGCUCGGCGCAGGACCUGCAGACGGUGCUGUCGCCCAACGUGGUGGCGGGCGUGGAGCUGGUGAUCGUCUCCAACGACUUCUGGCUCGACCCCCUGGCCUUCGUGCCCACGCUGGCGCUGAACAAGGACCUGGAGAUCUGCGGGGGGGAGGGGGGCGUGGUGCUCACCGGCGUGGAGCCCGUGCACAUCCUGAGCCUGGGCGCGCACCUGACCCUGUGCAACAUGACCUUGGACCUGCCGUUUGAGGCGCCCCCCGACGCAGUCGAGCUGUACAGCCUGGUGCUGGACAUGCGCCACGGCGGCCGGGUGAGGUUCAGGGAUGUCAGCUUUCGGCUGGAGCGCUCGACGCUGAAGCGAAUGGGGGUGUCGAGCCUGCUGCGCCGCGCAUCGAGCGAGGGCGGCGCCAAGCACGGGGGCAAGAACUCCCGGUACGUGCCCCACGCCAGGGACGAGCGUGCGGAGGCCACCAAUCUGAUGCUCUUCCUGGACAACACGCCGCCGGCCGACCCGAUCAAGCCCGUGGCGGUGGGCCAGGAAGGGCUGGAGAUUGGGGAGUUGGCGAGGGCCAAGUCGCGCGGAGAGGACCCCCUUGAGUUGUCCUUCUCGCACAACCACACUGUGCUGGACUGUACCUUGGGGAAGUUCAACGAAGGGAGGCCGUUCGAUUUGGGCAGGCCUGUUACGCUGAGCGGGACGGGCGCCGCGAGCCGGCCCUACCUGGACUUCGAGUCCAGGCUGGGCAACCAGGGGUUCAUGAACAUCCGCAAGCAGCUGAGGGUGGUGGACAUGAACGUGGUGCACGUGGCGCUGAGGACCAACCUGCAGAGGGAGGUAAGCUGCCCGCCGGACAAGUGCCCCAACGCGCCUGAGGUGAUUGUUCCGGACGUGACGGGCUCCAACGGGAUCUUUAAGUUCAACGGCAAGGACCCGGGGUGCAGGAUCGUGAUGAAGAACACGCUGGCCGUGUACGACUGCGUGUUCAUUAGGCACAUAAUCACCCUGCAGCUGUACUACCAGCAGAAGGUCCGGGCGGGCACCCAGCAGGCCAGGGCCUUUGACGACUUCGUGCAGAUCAUAGACAUGGACUACAGGCAGGGGGACAACAACACGGCCCACUUCCGCAGGUUCAUGGGCGGGGGGAUGUGCUUCGAGAACGCCACCAUCACGUGCAACCCCCUGGUGGUGGAGAACGCCGCGAUGACGCCCUGUGGACAGGCGGAUGCGGAGGAGGCGGUGGCCCCCGUGCCAAAAGCGCCCGUGGUUGUGAACAGCCCGGUGGAGAUUCCCUUCCCAAACACGCUGCAGAAUGCCCCCAACGCCAACGCGGAUUCCGCCCCCAGCGCAGGUGCCGAUUCCAGUGGCAGUGGUGUGCCCUGGACAGCCAUCGCAUUGUCGGUGAUCCUUGGAGUUGCUGUGGUCACCCUGGUGGUCCUGUUCCUGGUGCGCAAGAGCCUAAUCGCCGCCCUGCCCUGCAAGGGGCAGCCGGAGGGCGCCAUGGACAGUGUGGCUGUGGAGGACAACGCCUGGGCCAAGAAAUCGAAGACCAAAGGAGUGCCCGACAACACCUGGGCCAGGAAGUCCAAGGGCUCCACCGACAAGAGCACAUCCCGCAGGGAGUGGAGCGACGCCAGCGGGGGCGGCUUCCUGUCCGCCUGGGAGGGGAACAAGUUUGGCAAGGGCAAAUCGCACAAGGCCGCACCCUCGAUCGACAUGCCGAAGCCCAAGGCUACCGGGGACGAGAACCUGACCGAGGCUUCUGUGAUUGGCGCCAUAACCCAGGUCAAGGCUGGGAUCGAGGACAACGCAGUGACCAUCGAGGAGCAGAUAGCUACGGGUGGGUACGGGGUCGUCUACAGGGGCACGUGGAAGGGGGUGUCGGUGGCCAUCAAGACCGUGAUCUUUCAGGACUUCGCCGACGAGAGCAACAAGCAAAGGCAGCGGGCCAUCUUCGAGGCUGCCAUCAGCUCCAGCGUCUCCCACAGGAACAUAGUGCAGACAUACGCAUACUCCUUUAAGCGGCUGGAGGCGUCAGGGCUGGAGGAGGGCAAGCACCCGCUGUCGAGCUCGAAGAUGAGCAUAACGCCGAAUGUGGGCAUCGUAGACUGGAAACUGUACAUAGUGCAGGAAUUCUGCAAUGCUGGGUCUGUCAGGCAGUGCCUCGACAACAAGUUGUUUCUGGAGCCGGAGACGGGGCGGGCGGACCUUGAGGUUGUUGUUCAGAUAGCCCUGGAUUCCGCCAAGGGUAUGGCCCAUCUUCACAGGCACAACAUUGUGCAUGGCGACCUAUCCACAAAGAACAUCCUCAUGAAGAAAGAUGGGAUCGAGGGCUCUGGGAUGCACGGCACCGCAAAGAUCGCAGAUUUUGGCCUGAGCAUCAAGAUGGAUCACAUGCAGAGCCACGUGUCCAAUCGACGUGCGGGGACACCGUUCUACAUGGCGCCGGAGCUGGCGCAGAGUGGGAUGCUUUCCAAGCGGGCGGACGUGUUCUCCUUUGGGGUGUUCCUUUGGGAGCUGUACCACUCAAAGAAGUGCUACCAGCCCAAUCCAGUGUCCGGCAUGCAGUACCACCCCUUGUUUCCCAAGUUCCCCAUCGUGUGCCCGAUGCCCUACGCGAUGCUCUGCGUUGCCUGCAUCUCCCCAAACCCUGAGGACCGCCCGGACUUCUUCUUCGUCGUGCGCGUGUUCACCGCCCUCAUGGAAAGGAUCCAGGAGGGCCAGUACAACGCCCUGGAGGGCGUCAGAAAGAUGAACAUGAAGCUCACAGCAGGGUUGGGCAAGAUCACCGGCACCAGGAUCUUGGAGAUGAUCGCCGACCAGGUGGACAUCCAGGUCAGCGAUGAAGCCGAGCCAGCAGCAGGGUCUUUAAACGACACAGCGCACCAGACGAGCAGGAGCUCGGCCAGGAGCGAUCGCAUGCGCGGUGGCGAUCAGAGGCACAGCUCCAGCGGCGUGGAGCCGGACGCCUCGCAGUCGGGGCCGUCUGCCCGGCUGCAUUCGGCCAGCAGCAUGAGGGGCAACCCCGUGUUUGAGGAUGACCGCGGCGCGCCGGGCGAGCCGGGCAUACGCCUCAACCAGGCGUUCGUCACGCCGUUCAGCUGCAUCGUGACGCUGGACACCGAGAACCAGGACGUGGUGAGCUUCUCCUGGGAGAAGGGCAACGGGGCGGGGCAGCGGGGGGGCCCAUCGGCAGCCGCCAGAGUGGCGCCCGACGCCCCGGUGGAGGAGGCCACCCUGUCGCUGUCGUCUUCGGAUUCUUACACCCCCAGGCAGGCUGCCGGCGGUUCCCAAUUGAGGCGCGCUUCCAAUGCCCCCCACGCCUCCAAUGCGAAUUCCAUGGCCAGGUCUGCCAGGCCCAUCAGAACCGGGCGCGUGGAUGCCACGGACAGGGGCCGCAUCCUGGACGACCCCGACAGCAUGGACUCGCCCGUGUCCCCGGGGGUGAGCCGCCUGCGGGGCGGCGGCAGGGACAGGGAUGAGCGCCAGACCUCUGCCAGGCGGUCUGUGUCUCCCUUGGCCGGUCGACACCCCGGAGACCGCGAUGCAGGGCAGCCUGUGUCCCAAAACACGGCAUCCCCACGUGGGCACCGCCAGCACGAUCACCGCUCCCCGAGGUCGACGGACAGGCACCGGCAAGCUCAUGGGGGGCGCGGGGCCCCCAGGCCCAGCCCCAGGCCCAGGCCCAGCCCGAGGUCACACGACAGCCUGGGGCAGGGUGUGAGGUCUCAGGACGAGCAGCGAAGGAGCCCCAGGAUCAAUCUGGAGGUCAAGUUUCAGGGCGCAGAUGACCACCCGGAGGUGCAGAGGGAGGAUGCAUCGCCGCAUGUGUCGCCGGUUGCCGCUGAAGCCGGGGCCCGGAGACCCUACCAUGGCCACAGGACCAGGGGGGCGGCCGGGAGGGCGAGGGAUGAUCCCAGGGCGGUGCCGGGCGGUGCCGUGGGGCGGGGGCCCGGGACGUCGAUGCCCGGCCGGACGGAAGGGGGGCAGCGCCGGCCGCUGGACACCUCCGAGGCCUGGGCGCUCCUCGGCAUGAGCGGCAGCCAGAGCAGGUACGGCAACUAUGCCGCCGCGUCCUCGCGCGUGUCUAUCGACCACCUGGACAAGACGAUGAGCCAGACGGUGGACUCGCUGGAUGGCGUUCGAGAGACGGGGUCUUGGGAGGAUGACGCGCCAGGUGCCAGCGCCCAGGCGCAGAGGCGGUACGGGUGA